AUGGCAUCAUCGUUGUACUUGCCCACUCGCAUAGCUUCUAGCUCUUGCUUCAGCCAACGGCUUCUAGCCUGUUCUCAGCAGCCAACAAAACCAUCGGCCCUCUUUCACCCCCUCACAAACCGGCGAUCGCCCAGCAGCUUUAAACUAGCCGUUGGAGCUUCCAAGCCCUCCCGCAUUCAAUGCAGUCACGUGCGCGACGUGAACACGGAGGAGUUGGAUCACCUGGUGACCGGCGAGCGAGAGACACCUCUCGUUAUUGACUUCUGCGCUGAUUGGUGCGGGUCGUGCGACAUCCUCUCCGAGCAACUUGAAGAGUUAGCGGAGGAGUACGACGGGCGCGUGCGGUUCGUCCAAGUGAACACGGAUCAGGAAUAUGACCUUGCAGAUCAGCUGGAGAUCCGCGGGCUUCCAACCAUGGUCUUCAUGGGUGGUGGCAGGCGAUUGGGCGGCGAGAUUGCAGCGGAGGGGAAGAGAGUGGUGGAGGAGGAAGCUGCUAGGAAAGAGACGGAAGAUAGGUUGGCGCGGCUGAGGGCUGCAGCAGCUGCCAUUGCACGGAGAGGCAGGGCGGGCAGGGGGAGAAGGGGAGGGCAAGGCGUGAGGGGUGAUGAUGGCAAUACCAAUGGUGGUGGGGAUGAUGAUGACGAUGAUGCUGAGUUGCUGCUGGAGAAUCAGAGCGGGCAGAGACUAGAAAUGGCGCCAAUCGAUAAACGCUCUCUGGUGACAGGUCUGCUACUGCACUCCCAUGGCCGAUCUCUCCUCACCAAAGGCAAUUUCGUGGAAGCCCGCCCUGUGCUGGAGAUGGCAGAGGAAGCAUUCAGCAUCUGUGAUGCCAAGAUCACAGAGUCUGUAGACAACAUACCAAUGCUCCUAUUGGACAUCGUAUGGUGCCACUACAUGACAAAAGACGUCGCCAGCCUGGCAUCUGCUAAAGGACGGCUUGCUGCCGCCCGGUCUGCACUGCGCAAGGCACACGGUGCGGACAUGUCAAGGUUGAGGAUGCUUCAGGGAAACUUCCGGCCCGAGCUAGCCACGUAUCUCCGUCUUGACCUGUUAGACGCCAUUGCAGCAUACCACAGUGGAGACCUGACGCGAGCCCGCCCGCUGCUAGCGUCGGCCCAGUCCCUCUUUCAGCAGCUGCAGGUUUCUGACGAUUCAUUGGCCAGCCUUGCAGGCAUGGGCUUCUCGGCCAAUGAGGCGAGGCGGGCACUCCGCGUGGCGGGCUGCGACGUGAGCCGGGCGGCGGAGUUCGUCAUCUUGCAACGGCAGCGGGCGGCCGAGAAGGCAGAAGAAGACAGAAAGCAGAGGCGGAUAGAGAGGGAGCAGAGGGCCUAUGGGAGGACGCCACGUGGCAAGAAGGUGGACAUGCAGCUUCUGGACGAACUGACUGCAUACGGCUUCACGCGGCGGGUGGCAGCAGAGGCACUCCGGCAGAUUCACCCUUUAAGCCCCUCUCUAUCCCUCUCUACCGCUCUCAACCAUCACCAGCAAGCCCUAGACGCCCUUCUUGACCCCAUCUCCCUCGCUGCUCUCGAGGCAAGUCCACCAUUUAAGCCCCUCUCUAUCCCUCUCGACCGCUCUCAACCACCACCAGAGGGCUCUCGACGCCCUUCUUGA